GAGAGAGAAACGUGUGAGUUGCGCACGAACAUUAAAAAUCGAAUAAAUAGUCGUCUGCAGUAGCAGCCGAAGUGGACGUCUGCAGACGGUGAUAACAGACAAGUAUAUAAUAUCAGAAAGUGUCCGACGAUUGUCGUCGUCGUCGUCGUUGUCAUAAAUUUUUUUUUGUUCUUCUCCCUCCUUUUAAUUCCACCCCUUAUCGUAAACGUCGUUCCAGUUUUACGUGUAAAGUUGGCUCGGAAGUUUUAGAAUUUCCACCGAUGAUCGUCAAAUCACGGACGGGGAUUUCUGAAGGAGCCGUGUGGCGGCGAACAAAGCCGCCCUUACAAAUUUAAAGAAGGAAUGACGCUGGAGAAUCCUUUCUUUGUCGUCAAAGACGAGGUUUGCAAGGCUCUAAAUAAGAAUCGAGGUUUAUACGGCCGCUGGACGGAAUUACAAAAUGUCGUUACCAGUCCUACAAUAAACGCUGGAGGGGGAAUCCCGAUUUCGCGCGAAGAAUUGGAUUGGACGACGACAGAGUUGCGAAAAGCUCUACGCUCAAUUGAGUGGGAUCUCGAUGAUCUAGAAGACACUAUUUGUAUAGUAGAGAAAAAUCCAACGAAAUUUAAGAUCGAUAAUAAGGAAUUAAGCGUUCAACGAAGUUUUAUCGAACAAACGCGUGAAGAAGUAAAGAUUAUGAAAGAUAAGAUGAAUUUAAGUAGGGGUAGAGACCGUGAUAGCACGGCCAGGCAGCCUCUUUUGGAUAACAGUCCCGCUCGAGUUCCCGUUAAUCAUGCUUCGACUAAAUAUAGUAAGCUUGAAAAUGAGACUGAUAGUCCAAACAGACAAUUUCUUGGGGAUACGUUACAACAACAGAAUGACACAAUGAGACAACAAGAUGAACAAUUAGAAAUAAUUGGUGAAAGUAUUGGUACACUGAAAACAGUGUCCAAACAAAUCAAUUCGGAAUUAGAUGAACAAGCGAUUAUGCUGGAUGAAUUUGGUAAUGAAUUAGAAACAACAGGCUUUAAGUUAGAUGCGACAAUGAAGAAAAUGGCUAAAGUUCUCCACAUGACUAACGGUAAUUAUAAUAAUUACAUACCUGCCCCUACCACAGCUACAUCUACUGUAUCCGAUCUUACCUCUAAACCUUCUUCUUUAUCUUCUUUAUCAACUACAAUAACCAACUGCUUCUUAUGUGCUGGAGAUUAGAUGUGUUUAUCAUUAUUAUUAUUAUUAUGAUUAUUAUUAUAAUACCAUAAUUAUUCAGUAGAAAAAUGGAAAGAUUUCUUUUCCAUGAAUAACAAUUAUUUCAAUCAGAAAUCAUAGUAGUUGAAAGUAUACAAAAGUAAUUGCUGAAAAAUUAUGGAAUUUUUCUUAUCUAAUACAAUUGACCAAUGAUAUUAUUU